AGAGAAAACCGCCAAAGGAGAAAAAACGAGUGAAAAGGAAGAAAGAAAGGCUACAGCGCAGGUUGUUGUUGUCAUUGGCAGGCUUGUGUACUUGUUAGUCUGUCAUCUGAAAUCACUCUCUGGUGACACAGCAUACCCGAAAUGGACCCGAGCACGACCAUUCUGCGGGUGAAGAGGAAGAGAGGCACCGAUCCGGCGGACGCGCUGCUGCUGGGGUGUCGCUGCUGAUGGGAUGUGUGCGGAUAGGUGAGGAGGGGAAGGGGUCAGCCCAGGGAGGGGUGUUGAUGGGAUGUACAGGAGCCCAAGAUAGAGGUGGCCACCGUGGUGUCGCAGGACGCUCCGGUACAGCCACAUGUCCGUGAGGCUAUGGCUCGCCCACGUCUGGCUCAUCAUGCCUUGCGGCCAUCACAAGGAAGCGCUCAGAGGAUCAUUGGUGAUCUGCGCAGUGUCAAAUGGAGCACGAGGCGAGAGGAACGGUACCGGAUCCUGUCCAGCCACCGGACCGGACUGCCGACAGAGCCCACUCCUGCAAGAGGAGGAGAGGAGAGCGAUGACAGCCAAACAGAGAGCCGUGACGGCCUGUCUUUGGGAGAAGUGCAGGUGUUUGACAUUGUGCAUGAGGAGGAGGGUGUCAAAAUGCCUGUUAAGACUGUGUCUGACCCGGAGACAAUCCUUUGUAACUCUGUGAAGAUGAUUCGUGAGAAGCUGAGCGUGUCGGGAGAUGGGCUCGGUACUGAACAUCGAGAGAAAGAGGAUGAUUACGUGUAUGACUUGUACUACCAGGAGACGGUCACACCGGGCUGGAUCCAAGACAUUCUGUCUGUCAGACCCUAUACACAAGAGGGAGAGCUGGUCCCUGAUGAAGUGGCCUGGGAGGAAGACGUGUAUGAAGAUGAGGAUGAUGAGAACGCUGAAACCAACUGGAGAAAUGAAUACCCAGAUGAGAGCAGUGAGGAUGACAGUGAUGCAGAAGAGCGUUAUGGAGGUUUCUGGAGUGAAGAGCACUCGUACAGCAGGAGGAGCUGGGAAUGCUACCGGCGGGACAUGAUGGAGGAGUUGGAGAAUGACAAAGAUGAGGAGGAACGAGAGUGUAAUGAUUCUGAUUGAGAGCCUCUGUGUGUUGGUACGAGCAUGAGAGAGGCCAUUUUUACUGACGUGUGUGGAGUGAAGCUGUAUGUCCUUUUGUCAAAAGUGAAUGUAUGUGGUAGCCCAUGUGUGUGUACUUGUGUGGGUUGCUUUGACUUGCGCGUUAGUGAGAUGAGUGAUUUACUUUUUGCGAUUGAUGUGAAGAUAGUAUGGAGAGAAAAUGGUGAUUUUUUUUGAGUUUGUGUAAGUGUGGGGUGCUUUGUGUUGUCGGUUAUGUGUGUAGUGUUUAUACGUUCCCCGCAUCUAAGGGGUGAAAAACAAAAUACCUGUAAAUAUGUAGAUGUGUAUAAAAAAAAAAUAAAGACUUGAGAACUAAA